AUGGCCUCACACGACCAACACUCAGACGGGGAGAACAAGUCGACCAGCUCUGACACACAUUCAAUACACUCGAUUCCAGUGCCGGACCAACCGGAAGUCGACUCGAUCUCUGCNCCCUUGCCCGCAACCGACGGCAUACACCCAAUACCAAGCCCGGAUCAUGAAGAUGCAUCGUCACUCGAGAAACAGGCUACGGCCUCAAUAGGCAGCCAAGAUAUAGACCCCGUGUUCGUACCCAAGAGCCAACGGAGAGGAUUACUAGCCCGUGUGGCCGUCGUCGCAGAAGUCGAGGACCCCAAACACUACGCCCGUCGGACAAAAUGGCUUCUCACCUUCGUUGUCGCUGUUGCAGGUGCUGCCGCGCCCAUGGGCAGUGGCAUCAUCCUCCCCGGCCUAUCACAGAUUGACCGCGAAUUCAAUUCCUCAUCUACCGUCACCAACCUGUCAGUUGCCUUGUACAUGUUGAGUAUGUCCAUUUUCCCACUCUGGUGGUCAAGUUUUUCGGAGACCCUUGGACGUAGGACUAUCUAUCUGGUUUCUUUCUUCUUGUUCUUGAUAUUCAAUAUCUUGAGUGCUGUCAGUGUCAACAUUGCCAUGUUCAUUGUCAUGCGUAUUCUUUCUGGAGGCGCCGCUGCUUCGGUGCAAGCUGUCGGUGCUGGAACAAUCGCCGAUGUCUGGGACGUACACGAGCGAGGAAAUGCCAUGUCCAUGUUUUACCUCGGCCCUUUGUGUGGGCCUUUACUCGCGCCAAUCAUUGGAGGAGUCCUGACACAAGGACUCGGAUGGCGUAGCUGCAUGUGGUUCACUACAAUCUACGGUGCACUUCUCUGGUUCUUCCUCCUCUUCUUCCUACCAGAGACGCUGAAGUCAACAGUGUCCCCUGAAGUUAUUGCCGCUACCUCUGAGAAGGACACUAACACAAGACCAACACUCUCACGUACCAGCACUCGUCAAAGUGUGGCAUUGAAGUCUAAACGUUAUGUAAGCGUUCUGCGUCGCUGGUUCGUCGAUCCCUUGACCAUUGUCCUCAAUCUGCGCAUCCCUGCCGUGGCCUUGGUCGUCUACUACGCCAGUAUCACGUUCGGCUCCCUCUACGUCCUCAACAUCUCUGUUCAGCAAACUUUUGACUCCGAACCUUACAAAUUCUCCACCAUCAUCGUGGGUCUUUUGUACAUUCCAAGCUCACUAGGCUACUUCCUCGCUUCCAUUUUCGGAGGCAGGUGGGUCGACAAAAUCAUGGCUCGAGAAGCCAAAAAAGCAAACCGCUACGACGAACACGGCCAUCUUAUCUACCGUCCUGAAGAUCGCUUGCGAGAAAAUGCCUGGUUGGGCGCUAUAAUGUUUCCUCUUGCCCUAAUCUGGUACGGCUGGACCGCUAGAUUCGGAGUCUUCUGGCUUGCACCCAUGAUCGCAAACUUCUUCUUCGGCGUGGGCAGUAUGCUAAUCUUUGCCGUUGUCACCACCAUGCUCACCGAAUUCAUGCCUAAGAAAGCCAGUCAUGGUAUUGCGUUGAACAACUUUGUGCGCAAUAUUUUUUCUUGCGUGGGGUCUUUGGUUGCUAGUCCGUUGAUUGAUUGGUGUGGGGAUGGAUGGUUGUUUACGGUUAUUGGGAUUUGGUGUUUGGUAUCGGGUGUUUUGGUCAUUUGGAGUAUGAAGAGGUUUGGAGAGGGGUGGAGGGUUAGAGCUGCUGAGUUGAUGGUUUGA